AAUCCUCUCUGCUGCGCCAUGGCGCCAUUUUGGAGGGAAGUCGGCGCAGUCAAUGGCUGCUGCGCCUAGGAAGGAGGACAUGCUCUAUCUGUAAACAAAUCCUAGAGUUCGCACAAGGGAUUCUGCAUCUGUGGUGAAGGUUUUGGCCUAGGUGUAUAAGAAGGGGCUUUGCACGGCUCCUCAGUUCAUUUUUCCAGGAGUCUCGUUUUGAGAGCUCCAGAGAUUGGACUCUUUGCCUCUCCAGCUCGUCUUACAGCUCUUCCCGGCUUAAGGCCUCGUUCUCGGAAAACUGCCGGCAGGCGGAGCUCCUCACAAGCACGUAUUGCGGGGGAGUUCCGAAGCUUAACUCAUAGCUGAGCAUAACAAAAGUGGGGCGACAGUAAACGGUGGAUACCCCGGGGGUUAGAUUAUAAGGAGGCGUGACUUUGGUGGAUACCCUCAAAGGGUUGGAGGUGCUGGCUAGGUGGCUGAGGACUACGGAAGUUGCUUCUUCUGCUGUAAAGACUAUAAGAACGGGCAAGGCUCCUUGAGGGAUGUGUCUGGUUAGCCCGGAGUAAGUCCCAGAGCCGGAAGGUUCUGGUUAGGUGCUGGUUAGGUUCUGGUUAGGUUUCUAUAACGUAGCUCGCUGCGGCGGGUCAGCGCGAGCAAGAACAGGAGUUGAGCUCUCUGCAUACGCGAGCACACGGGCUGGUAGCAAACCCUCCGAGACUGAGAGAUUGAAUAAGACCAUCGCAAUCUGUAGUAUGGUUAAGGGGAUGGGCAUCCGCGUGGAUAUUUCCUCUUCCAGGGGGGUGGAAACAGAGGGCAGCUGCUGGGCGAGCAUCCCCCCGGAGCUGCUGAGAGACAUUCUGAAGCGUGUCGAAGUGAGCGAAGAGAGCUGGCCUCAGAGGAAAUCGGUGGUUGCGUGCGCGGGGGUGUGCAGUACUUGGCGGGAGGUCACGAGAGACCUGGUCAGGGGCCCCGAGUCGACUGGGAAGUUGACCUUUCCGGUAUCCCUCAAGCAGCCUGGGUCUCGAGACGCAGCGAUACAGUGCUUCAUCCGAAGAGAUCGGACGACGCACACAUACUCGCUAUACUUGGGCCUCCCUCCCUCGUCUGUGGAGGGGGGCAAGUUCCUGCUGGCAGCUCGCAAGUCGCGCCAUGUGCAGAAGACGGACUACGUCAUCUCACUCGAUGACGAGGACUUCAACAAGGGGAGCAUCAACUACAUGGGCAAACUCAGGUCCAACUUUCUGGGCACCAAGUUUACCAUCUUCGACAGCCAGCCCCCGGCCAACUGCCCGUCCAUCAAGGCCGUCGGGCGCACCUCCUCCGGCAGGGGGUCCAAACAGGUGUCGCCGAAGCCCCCCCCCGGGAGCUUCCCGGUGGCGUCCAUCUCGUAUGAGCUAAACGUGCUCGGGACCAGGGGCCCCCGGCGCAUGCAGGCGACGCUGCACUCGGUGCCGAGCUCCGCGCUUGAGCCGGGGGGUUUUGUGCCAUACCCCUUGGAAGUGGACAUGCCCUCUCUGUUUGAGGAGACGUCCGAACCAGUGGUGGCCGUUAACACCCCCACUCUCAAUCAGGCGCAUUCCCUCCCCUCCCCCCGCCCCUCUUACACCCCCCUGAACCGGUCCAUGAAGCACCUCAGUGUGAAUACGCCCCCGCCGCCGUCGCCCACCGGGAUGCUGCCACCUGGCGCGACGGACGUCCCAGAUUCGCCUUCGGACAAGGCGCCCCUCGUGUUGCGGAACAAGUGCCCGCGCUGGCACGAACAGCUGCAGUGCUGGUGCCUCAACUUCAGGGGGCGGGUUACCGUCGCUUCGGUCAAGAAUUUCCAGUUAGUGGCGGCAGGGGAGACGGCGGGCGCGGGGCAGGCUGGCGCGGAGGUGGACAAGCAAGUUCUUCUCCAAUUCGGAAAGGUGGGUAACGACAUGUUCACUAUGGACUACCGCUACCCACUUUCGGCGUUCCAGGCGUUUGCAAUCUGCCUCAGCAGUUUUGACACCAAGCUGGCAUGCGAGUGAGGGCUGCUGGUGUACAAGCAUAAGCCUCGAGUACAAAAGUGUCAAUCCUGUACAUUUCGGAAGUCUAAACAUAGUCGAGGGCAGCUCUUCUUGCAUCGCCUGGGCUUGGCGGGGCUUGAAAGGGCAGCCCGAACGGGCAUACUUUUGGUCGAAGUGCGAAAAAGGCCGUAGAAUAGAAAGUUUCAAGGCUCCGCCGUUUAGUCGAGAGUUGGCCUAGUCACUGUAGUCAUGGGCUUUGGCGUUUUGGGUACAGUCGGUGGUUGUGGAUACGACGAACUCGGUAUCCCAAAACAGUCACGUCGAUGUCAGUGUGUCUCGUCAGUCAGACCGGCUAUUAUAGGCGAGCAGCAUUAGUAAAUGUCCAUUGACAUAGUUACUGC